AUGGAGGUGGUGUGCAACAAUGUUCUGUGCCGCCUGGAGGUGCAUGGAUCUGUGAUUUCGUGCUCGCCUUUAAAUGAUGGAGAGACUUCAGAUGUGGAGACGUUCACAUAUGCUGAAAUUACUCAACUGUUGCGCUCUCGGCGUGACCAAGGGUCUGCCAAGAUUAUUGUAGGUUCAAAAACAAUUAUAAUGCGUUUUGUUAACCCUCCUGACAGGGAACGCUUUAUUGACAAGGUCCAACGUCUUGAAACCGACUCUGGAGAAAAUGAACAGUGGGUGGCUUCCACAAUUUGCCAUACCGCCGUAGACUUUGGUCUUAUAGAUGAUGCGGCUUUGAAAUUGCUCAUGGAAGAAGAAUUCCCGCGUGGUGUUGUGGUGGCCUUUGAUGCUAUUGGUUCACUUGUCGAUCCAAAGACGUUUAAGUUGCGUCCGAUAACGGAACAAUUAGAAAAUGAUAUAUUUCGACAGAUUCCCAUACUGGCGAGGAUAUUUGAGCGGCACGUGACGGAUGAGGAGACGAGACAGCGUUUCUGGGAGGCGGUGGUGAGAAAGUACUUUUGUUUCUCACGAACGUUUCUAGAGGAGGAGAUACGUGAACUCGAGGCAGACACCACCCCUUCCUCUAUAGGAACUACUACUACUACUACUACUACUACUAUUAAUAAUAAUAAUAGUAAUGGUAGGACUACAGAUACGAAUAGUAAUGGUACGAGUGUUGUUGGAGGUGCGGUGGAGAAUCUCGCCGGCCUUAACGUUCUCUCCACCCGGGCGCUGCCGAAAGCGACGGCCCUCGCCAACCACCAACUCCCGCACAACAACACCCAACAGCCGGCAGCGCAGAAGUCGCACGUGCGUCUCUUUCACGGCCGCCCGCUCACAACUCACUGCGUGCGGCGGCAGAUGUGUGAUGUCUCGCCGCCAGCGCCGUUCGUGCGGGUGCACCCCGCCCCGAAGGUGUCGCGAUCGCUGCCGAAGGAAAACACAAACAGAGAAGUGUUGGAACUUCUCAAGAGGUUUUGGGGUGGGGACACGAACCAGAAAAAGGCAUUGCGAUCUAAACUUAAUAGUGUGAAAGUUACCGGUGGUGGUGUGUUGCAGAGGCGAUGUUUGCAGCGGGCGAGAGAGUAUCUCGAAGAGUUGGAAUCCAGCGAAGGGAAGUAA